AUGCUCGGCAAGCGUUGCGCGUCGGAAAUGGAGGCCUGCCUCACCGAGUACUACCGCCAGGAGUGCCUGCGCGCCCUGUACGCCAAGCAGGAGCGCCCGCGCGACUGCGCCUGGGUCAGCAAGGACAUGAUGGCCAAGCCCCCGCGCCGCGCGCGCAAGGGCGUGUCGUUCGCCAUGGCGCCCGAGAUCAUCGGCAGUGCCGACCCUUCCGUGGACCGCAGCCCCAUCGACGUGUCCCCGAUCUCCAAGCUCGAGCUCGUCGUGCUGCUCUCGCAGCGCACCUUCCCGGCCCACGCUUAA